GCAGAGCUCAGACGCGAGACAUACUUUGAAGCGCAGAUAGCUAAUAAUAUUGUCAGUCAGCCGCAUACGUUCGUUCUAAGCAAUUUAAUUUGUGAAUUUUAUCCAAAUUUAUUGUGAAUUUUUAAAAUAAAAUUAAAAAUGGCAAUUAAAGUUCUGGAAAAGUGUUGUUGCUUUGAUUUAAAGACUGCUGUGUUAAUUAUUGGAAUUUUUUCUAUUGUUGUUAGUGUGGGCGGAUUAAUAGAGGCGCCAGUAAGUUACAGCCAAGCAUGUUCUGGUGGCGCAACGCCGCAAAAUGACGCAAAUUGUGCUGCGGCCAGUUCCAAAUUGGGCGGAUCGAUAAGCAGUGAAGUUAUUGGGAUCAUUUUGAUGGGUCUUAUGAUUUACGGAUCACAAAAGGAAAGUUAUGGAUUAAUGUUGCCAAUAAUUAUCCUUCAAGCGAUAGGAAUCAUCAUUAUAUUCCUUUUCGUUUGGUACCUUACCAUCGUCUUCUUUACGGUUUCCGUUGGAACCGGAUUUCUAUUCAUGAUUCUCGGCAAUGCAAUUGUCGGUAUUACUGUUUACUUUUGGCUAGUAAUUUACAGCCGAUGCCAAGAAAUUAAAAACAUGACAUACACUUCGGCCAAUACUGCAUAAAAAUUUUCUACCUAACAAUAUAGAAUUAUGUUAAGAAUUUUAUUACUCAUAUUUAAUUUAAUACUGAUCUUUAUUUUUGAUAUUAUCAACUUUUAAACAUGAUUAUCUUAAUAUACUUGGAACUGUUAUCGCCACAAUGAUUAAGAAUUUUUCAGAAAAUUAUUAUGAUGAUUACCUAUUCAUUAUAAAUCUUUUGUUCGCUCAGCAGAUUUUUACUUUAUAAUAAUAAUAAUUAUUUUUUUUUUUUAAUUUA